AUAUAGCGCAUAUAUAGAAGAUGAUUCUUGAGGGAAGGGGGUUACUGGCGGACAAGCUGCGUUGGCUCUGCAUUAUCAGCCAGUAGGCUGCACGCUCGGCUGAUCUCUGGACCCUCAGACUGAGCAACGCAACAAGACAGGCAGCUUCAAAAAUCAGUCAGAAACAAAGGCAGGACAGGGGAAAGACGUGAAUCAGAGAAAGAAACAAAACAGCAGGCUGAGUUGUAAGAGUGUGACGAGGGAAAACAGCUGUUGUAAAGCAGAGUUAAACAUUGAUAGAGGCUCUGUGAGGUGUGUAAUGGUUGAGGGAACUUUUUAUUUAAGGUUUUGGGGAGGAGUAUGAAAGAUUUGAGAGGACGGAGGGGGGUCAGAGGCAGAGGUCCGGCAAGGAGUAAUUGUGGUGACAGCCAGUGCAAGUGGACAAGGACUCAUGUGAGACACAGAGGAAUUAAAAUUUAGGGACAAAGAGAGGAAACAGAGAGGGACUGGCAGACCCAAAAGUGGACUUCAGUAUGGGUGUGAAGAGCAAGGCUGCUGCUGCUAUCGUAGUCCUGCUGCUGUUCCUCGGCUCCCUGUGGCUCCAGGGAGGUUUGGAUUACCACUGGGACUCUUGUUUAAAGGGUUAUAAUCAGGUGAAUACGCUUCACCAGCUGUACAACAGCAGCGGGGCCGAUGGGGCCGAGGGCCCACAGGUCAUAGAGGGGUGCCCUGGUCAGACCUUCCAGGUGUCACUGCUGCUCUCCCACCUGCUGGCUGCGCCGGCCUACACCUCCGACGUGCUGCUGCAGCCAUAUCUGUCCAGCUGGGACGAGCUUGUGAGGUUUAUGGAAGCUCUGGGUCCGAUGGUGGGACUGAUAUCUAAAGAGAUAGAAAGCAAGACCUCUAUAAUCCGCCAGUUGGCCCUGUUGUCAGAAGGGGACCCUGAAGCAGAGCUGGGCCCAGAUAUACACUCAAUAAACAGUGUGGGCACAGAGGCUGGGACAAAAAAUAACCAGGAGGCCUCACAGCACACUGGUGCUUACCACUCUGUGCGCUCCAUGAUCUGGGUUGAGCUGAACCGAGGAGUGGUGGACUUCCACCACCAGACGGAAUCUGGAUGCCGGACUCUGCUGCGUCUGCAUCGCGCUCUGCUUUGGCUGAAGCUCUUCCUGGAGAAGCUGGCCGAGACGCCGGUGGCCGGCCGGUUGAGGAGUCCCUCGGAGCUGUGCCGCGAGGCCUACCAGAGCACCCUGGCAAACCACCACACCUGGUUCGUCCGCAAGGCCGCCGAGCUGGGCUUCAUUGCCAUGCCGGAGCGGGGUUUCUUCUUCAGGUUGGUGUGCGUGCAGAGCCAGGAGGAGCUGAGGAUAGCAUUGAACAGAGUGGUUCAGGCCAUUGGGGAGGUUUAUGACAGGACGCAGAAAGCCCUGGAGGAAAAUAACAUGCUGGACUUGCCAUAGAAAAGGGGGCUAUCAGACUUCACCAUAUUUGCACUGUCCUCAUAGUAUCCUGGGCGUCACACAGAAACGUCUAGCUACACAAGUGGUGUAAAGGACACAUGAAUGGACUUUUUUCGCUAAAAUUCACACGUGCCAUAUUUUCCUUCCCAACCAAAGUGCUGCGUCAACAAUCAACCAAUACUGAAAGUUAGUUUGCUUUCGGCCUGCGGACAUUCCUUAUCAAAUUUUAUGAGAUCAUGUCACCUUAGAGGCAUUAUUAAGCCAGCUGAUAAUGCAUUUAGGCUGGCUUAACACAGACUGUGAAUUAUUUAAGCAGGUGCUCACAAUUCCAUGAAAACCUAAAGCAACCCGUUGCAACUCCUCUGUAACAAAUAGAGCAUUUAUAGCUUAUAAUGUUCUUGAAACUGUGUCACAGUGGAGGGGAUUUUGUAAUGGAUUGCAUCAGAUUGUGCAGUUCAUUUUGUGCCUACCCCCACCUAUAUGUGAUUUUUUUUUUUUUUUUACAUUCAAAAUUCUAUUGAAAAUGAUUUAGUAUGCUACCUCCAAAACUGGCUAGGUCUAGAUGCCUUGAAGCCCUUAAAUCUGGGACCAAUCUAUCCUGAUUAAAGGGGUAUUACACUGAACAAAGGACCAUGUGGUGCUUCACAGCAACUGUGGUGUGAGUGUGGACAAUUAAUUUAUCAGUUUUAUAUUGUAAAUUUUUGUUUAUGUUCAGAAUGAUUAAAUAUCUACAAAAAAAAAGAAGAAUAGAGAAUCCAGAUCCCUAUUUUCUGACGUAGUCUUGUCCAGUAAUGUUAUGUGAUAACGUUGACAUUUAAAUGCCACUGACUGGACUGUGUAAUGUUAUCCACCAUCCAGCAGAGGUUCCGGUGCUCUGCUACAGUCUAAUCUUCACUUUCCUAACAUCAUGUUGGAUAUAAUCUGCUCACUUACCUCAACACAUUUUGUGGAAAUGGACCCAAAUACAAAGAUUUUCACCCAAAUAAUACAUCUUUGUAAGAAAAAUAUUAGAUGUUAUGGCUUAAAAUAAUAUUAGAACAAGUCCUGAUCUGAAGAAUAUCAAAGAGUUGCAGAUUAUUCUGGAUUAUAAUAUAAAGAUUGUGUGUGUGUAACACAGAGAAUAGCAUGUGUAAGUAUCAGUCACCGGUGCUACUCUUGAUCGGACUAUUUUAAACCCACAAAUGCCUCUAAUGCCACGUAAUCCUGGCUCUCUCUCUUUUCCUGGACUGUGCUCUGUCUUUCCGAGGAGGAGACAGUGAAGAAAGGAGAGAUAAGGAUAGAGCCUGAAGCCACGCAGUGAGCAGGAGACAGGAGCUGGUUGAAGGUCAGUGAGCGGAAGUACACUUCGGCUGUAAUCUUGUCAAGCAGUUGGUGGCCGACUAUAGUAAAGUAGCCCCCAAAGGGAAAAAAAAGUCCAACCUAAAACAGAAUUCACACAUUUCUGAGCUUGCGUCGAUCAAUAUUUAUCAUUAUGAACAACUAUCUGUUGUACUAGAAUCCAACCGAGACUUCAAUCUGUGACCUUUGACGUGUGUAGGAGGAUGACAUAUUGCUGGUGGUAUUUCCACUACGUAAUCACUUCCUCUUGAUACUCUUGUGAAAAUAAAGUGCAGAGAUGCUCACUAGUUCACACAUAA